AUGGGCAUGGCUGCUCCGCGCGCGCCGCUGCCUCUCCCCCAGUUGCUGCUGCUCCUCGUCGCCGCGCUCUUCGCCGCCGCUCCCCUCCCUAGGGAGGCCGGGGCGGACGAGUUCGACGUCCGCCGCCACCUCUCCACCGUCACCAGGUAUGAUGUGGCCAGAGAGUCCAGUAGUGUCAUCUCCAUGCCGUCAGUCCCAGAUGGGUGCCGUGUCAUUCACCUCAACCUAGUGGCAAGACAUGGGACUCGUGCUCCUACCAAGAAGCGAAUCAAGGAGCUGGAUAGAUUGGCAGUUCGGCUGGAAGCCCUUAUGAAAGAGGCAAAUCAGGGCCUUGAUAGUGAUUCUCUGAAGAAGAUUCCAUCCUGGAUUAAAGGCUGGGAAUCACGUUGGAAGGGUAGGACUAAAGGUGGUGAGCUGAUUAGUGAAGGGGAAGAGGAGCUGUACAAUUUAGCUACCAGAGUGAGAGAGAGGUUUCAAGAUCUACUUGACGACGAAUAUCACCCUGAUGUAUAUUCAAUAAGAGCAACUCAGGUUCCUCGAGCAUCAGCUAGUGCAGUGGCAUUUGGUUUGGGACUACUUUCUGGGAAAGGAAAGCUUGGACAAGGGAAGAACCGUGCCUUUUCUGUUCUGAGUGAGAGUCGUGCAAGUGAUAUUUGUCUGAGAUUCUUUGACAGCUGUGAGACAUACAAGGCAUACAUGAAAAGGAAGGAGCCUGAUGUAGAGAAGCAAAAGGAACCAAUUCUAGAGCAUGUCACAGCUGCACUUGCCAAUCGUUAUCACCUUAAAUUUACAACUCAGGAUGUUUCUUCCCUCUGGUUUCUUUGUAAGCAGGAAGCAUCUUUGUUGAAUAUAACCAAUCAAGCUUGUGGGCUUUUCAAUGAAGCCGAGGUUCGUUUUCUAGAGUGGACAGAUGAUUUGGAGGGUUUUGUCCUAAAAGGCUAUGGUGAAUCAAUUAACUACAGGAUGGGACUGCCAUUGCUCAAGGAUGUUGUCCAGUCAAUGGAAGAAGCAAUCAUAGCAAGAGAAGAAAACCGCCCUGAUGGUACGUAUGAAAAGGCAAGGCUUCGAUUUGCACAUGCAAAAACUGUUGUUCCUUUUAGCUGCCUUCUCGGUCUUUUUCUUGAAGGUCCAGACUUUGAGAAGAUACAGAGGGAGGAAGCGUUGGACCUACCCCCUUUGCCGCCACAGAGAAGAAACUGGAAGGGCAGUGUUGUUACGCCUUUUGCUGGUAACAACAUGCUGGCUUUAUACCAAUGCCCAAGCAAAAUUUCGGAUGGCAGCAUAAUUUCUGGUGGCCAAAAUAACUCAUACUUCAUUCAAGUUCUACACAACGAAGUCCCAGUUUCAAUGCCUGGGUGCGGCAACAAAGAUUUCUGUCCAUUCGAGGAGUUCAAGGAGAAGAUCGUGAAACCGCACCUGAAGCACGACUACAAUAUGAUAUGCAAGAUCAAAUCCCCGGCGGGAAGCGAGGAGCCCGCCUCGUUCCCCUCUAGAGUGUCCAGUUUCUUCCUAGGACUCUUCUCGCAGAGAGGGUACCGCGCCGUGGGCGCUGAAGGCGUCAAGACCGAGCUGUAG